GGAGAUAAUUACUGUACGGGGCAUAAAGACACUCAAUGUACUCAUUAUGUAUCUUCAGUGUCAGUGGUUCAGAAAAUCAAGACACCAGUGACUUUUGGUCUAACCAGAGUGAAUACAUAGGUUUAGCAAAUAAAGGUGUCAUUUGACCCACAGCACUGAAAAAAGACGGCCAGCAAAGAGUCACACAUUCAUCUAAAAUGAUGAAAGAUUGAUUAGUUAUUAUAAGUCAUUACAAAGUGGUUGGGCAGAUACCACAGACAUUCCUCCUGACAAAAUACCCUCGUGUUCUGGUUGCCUUUUUAUGCUCCCACUGCAGUUUUUACAGUGCAAUUUUCCUUCACCAAUUCUGUGCAUUUAACAAAAAUGUAUUAUAUUUCCAAAAGUGUCAUAUACAUGCAUGUGUUUCUGUUCAUGUGUCUGUGAAAGACAAAUGUGUAUCUAAGAAAGCUCAGUUUUUAUUUUCUUGCUUUCUUUCUCUCUCUGUCACGCUCUUUCUCUCCCUCACCCCAAACAGACACACAGCAGAUGGAUGGUGGGCCGUCAAGUAAGGGUUAAAUACUCUCUCCCCUGUAAACUCAGCUUUAAAAGUCUGCUGGAAGCUACUGGUUCAGCCUUUAAAUACAGACAUUUGACACAUCCCAAACAGGGGUUUAUAACCACGAACAACUACUGACCCAAACCUCAGGCUUUAAGGUUGGCUGGAGUGUCAGCAUCACACUGCUUUGAACGACAUGAAGGCUUUCUUAUUCACCUGUAUGUUGGUACCAUGGCUGUUAGCAGCCUCCAGCAGAAGGGUAAACGAGGAAUCGCAGCUGAUACCAGGAUCUAUAUCUACCGUGAAGCUGAACAAAUACUUCAAUUACUACGAUUUGAAACCAAGGAGGGUUAUGAGAGACCUGCCUCUUGACGAUGAUGAUGAUUCUGACAGCCCAAUUCCAGAUGGAGCCAGCGCUUUAGACCUGCCCACCUGUCUCCUAUGUGUGUGUCUGACUGGCUCCGUCUACUGCGAGGAGGUCAGUCCAGACAUGACAGCCAUUCCAACGUUGCCUAAAGAGACUGCAUACCUUUAUGCUCGCUUCAACAAGAUCAAAAAGAUCACCAACCAAGACUUUGCAGAAAUUGUGACUCUGAAGAGGAUUGACUUGUCGGGCAACUUGAUCUCAGAGAUUGAAGAUGGUGCCUUUUCAAAGCUAACCCUUUUAGAGGAAUUGUCUCUGGCUGAAAACAGAUUGGUCAAACUGCCAAUGCUUCCUGCCAAACUCAGAUCCUUUAACGCUAACCACAACCUCCUCAAAACCAAGGGUGUCAAAGCUAAUGCCUUUAAGAAACUGACCAAGCUGGUCAACCUGUACCUUGGAGAUAAUCAGCUGGAAGCCGUUCCAUAUAUUCCAGAAAGUGUUCGCAGCUUACAUUUACAGAACAAUAACAUCACUGAUGUCAACAAAGACACUUUCUGCAGAUCUAAUGACACGUACUAUCUACGACUAAGCCUCAGUGAGGUUCGUUUGGAUGGUAAUCCAGUGGUGUUGUCCAAGUAUCCUGACAGUUUUGUCUGCAUGAAGGUGUUGCCUGUUGGAAAAUACCGGUGAGGAAACAGAACCCCUAUAACCACCCCAAUAAUGGAGCUGUUUCUCCUCCGUUUAUGUGAAAGGGUUACUGAUAUAUUCAAGAUUUUUGGGGCAUUAGUGCCAUUAUAGCAGUGACUAAGAACAACAAGUAGCAAAGUGAAAUCAUUCAGCUGACAAAAGGUAUAAUAUUUACUCUGGCUUUUGUCUGGAAGCUACACAAAAGCCACAAGAUUUUAAAACAACUUUAAGUGUAUGAAUUCAACAAGACUAAUUUGUCUGAGAGUGAUUGAAUCUGUAUAAGGUAUACAGUCUUUCCUCAAAGGUAGAGGCUGCCACUGGCGAAUCUCUGUCUCCAUCCACUUUUACACAUCUUAAUCACUCAACAACUCAUUUUCAACAACAACAUUUUCCACAGCACUUUAGUUGUAACGCUUAAAGUGUUACAAAUUAAACAAACAACAAAACAAAACUCUACAAAAAUUCUAAAAAUAGUUGGAAACCAUCAUUAAACAUAUGUGCAGCCACAAUUCAACCAACUCGACUGUCCUUGAACUAAACGUACUGUAUUUCUUGAUUUUAAACACACAGCAUACAUGUUUGUAAACUCUGAUACAAAUUAUGACAGGAAUAUUGUUGUCCAGAGUUUCAGGGAAAGUUUUUAUGCGAUAAUAUAAAGAAUUGAUCCGACAUGUCAAAGCGAUUUCUGCUCGGCUAGUCAUGAACACAAGGCUAAAUUUACAAAUUUGCUUGAGUUAUCGACAAAGAAAUGAUGCCAAUGGUGGACUAUUUUAAAUGCCUUUUGUGAUCAAAUGGGAACCUCCCAGUUGUUUGACCUUUUCAGUCUGACCUCUGUUACAACUUUUUGAAGUGACGUACAGGUAUAAAUUUCUAAAUUUGUUAACAUUUAACAAAUGGAAUAAUGUUUGUCAGUGAAAACACAUUUUCUGUUCUUUUUCUUCUUGGUUUAAAAAAAGAUCCAAGAGAAAUAGAUUCCAUAUUUAACUUUGGUUGCUUGCUUUGGUUUAGAAAUAGGGGUUUUCAGAAUCUGCUCCAGUUUUAUUUUCCAUUUAAUGAGCCAUUAUGUGAUUAUUCUUUUAAUACCAUUUAAGUCCCAGAGAGAUGAGUGAGAAAAAGAGAUGCUCCAGCAUCUGCUAAACAAAAUAAAGUUAAAUCAAUGUUGCGACUUAAUACUUGACAACUGCAUGUUCAUUUCAAUGGUUUUCUGAAAUUGUAUUCAAAGAGAGAAAGUGUCUCUGAACAUUACUGUCAUUUCUCUUUUAUUAACAUUUUGGUUGCUUUGAGAUUCUUUUCUUGUCACACAAUUAAUCCCAGACGAUCCAGACAGCUGUUAAAUAUCAGAGUGUCUUCAGCAGAAACAAUCAAAAAUGCUUUGUUUUUAUGCUUUGUUAAAGACAUUUUAUGUUUUUUCAAAGACACAACAUCCUGGGCUUUGCCGAUGUUGCAAAUAAUGUUACACUUUUAUAACUCCAUUAGCGUUGCUUCUUAGGAAAGACAAUGUAUUUGUCCCGCUGGAGCUGUUACAAGUGUUUGUGUCUUCACUUAGUUUUAUUUUCUUUUUAAUUUAAUUAAAUAUACUCCAGAUAAACUAUCAUGACCUGGGAGCAAUGUAUCUUUAAAGUAUAGUAAUGUGAAAAUUACUCCUGUCAUUGUUGGAGAUAUGUAUGUGAUUAUGCCUGUGUCUUUUAUAUUUUAAUAAAGGUGAACCUUUUUUUUAAAGAAAUUCUCAUUUUAUCCUCUUACAGCUAUACCACCAGCGCUACACUUGUCUGUGUCUGGAGACAUUUGUAAUAUUUUAUUUUGAAAUGUGAAAUCAGUGUUGGCCACACAUUUGUAAAUGUCUGUGCUUUGUUAUUGGGGAGCGGCCAAUCAUCUGCAUCCCUGCAGGGACGGGCUAGUUUAUGUUUUGAGGUUAACCACCAACAAAAAAUGUUGAAAUUCCAGGCCUGGACUUUCUAUAAAAUCAUUGUUUCAUUUUUAAAAAAUUUGUUUGUUAUUCUGAGUGCAGAUUCGUGUCAGUGUGUCAUUAGAGAACGGGACUGAGCGUUCAAGUCACUAUUGAACUCAGCUGCACAUUCACAAACUAAGAGAAAGAUACUUUGUCGUAAUAACACUCAACAAAAUGCAAAGAAAAGUUUAGAGCACACAGGCCAUUAUGGAAAAUGUGGGUUAAUACUCCUUAUGUUCAGCCAACUUGGCAAACACUAAUAUUCUCCGAGCAAACAGGGAAAUGCGUUCCAUACUGCCUUUUACCAUUUGAUUUACUGUGACAUUUUAUAGCGCUCAUUUCAGUGAAUUCUCACGCUGAUAUUUUGUACUGGGGUUGGGAUAAAAAAAAGCUUAAUUCUAAGACCUAUUAUAAUUACCUCCAGAAUAUGUUUGAAACACAGAAACAUUAAAAAUCAAAUGUAAAAGUGAUAUCAAACACUCUGUGUCUCUCUUUCAUAAUCUCAGGGCUCCAAUCAUUUAGCGUAGUUACUCAAAAACAAAGCUGUUAAUAAUGUAAUAAGUGUCAUAUGC